CUCCGGGCACAGUGGGGGCCGAGUUGGGCGCUGGAAGGUAGAAUUCAGUGAAUAAUGUUCAUGGAGGAAAGCGAAGGCGCCCAGAGCUUGAAAAAAUAUUCCCCUUUCCAACGAAGUGCCACUUUGAUGAACCCCAGCGGUGAGGCAAAGUCAAGAGGCGCAGAACUAGAAAACUCCAAGCUUCUGACGUCACCCCGUGAUAAAAAGCUCGCAACAGCAGGAGAGGAGAGGAAAGGAAAAGAGGAGGAAGAGAAGGAGAAAGGGGAGGAGGUGAAGGAAAAAGGAAAGAAAAGAAGGACAAUGCAAGCGAGGGCAGUACUGGUGGUGAUGCUAUUAUAUGGAGGGGGAGGAGAAGGAGGGGGAGGGGUGGAGGCUCUUCAAUACGACUUAAAGUACGCCAAAAAUCUAACAGGACCAAAAGGAUCACAGUUCGGCUUCAGCGUGACUCUGUGGGAUAGAGGAGGAGAAAAGCAGAUGGUGGUGGGGGCCCCGAUGAGCACGGCAUCUAACCUGGCCAUGAACAGGACACAACUGGGAGCCAUAUACCUGUGUGACCUGGAGCAGCCCACCUGCCGCCCCUUACCAAACCUGCCGUACUACAUGAAGAAGAAGAGAGGCGAGAAUAAUCUGCAAUUCAAGGGCCCCCAUGUGUUGAAGAAUAGGACCAUGGGGUUUGGACAGACCGUCUACGCCGUUAAUGCUGAACGCCUAUUGGCCUGUGCUCCUAGAUACCCCGUGUACGACAGCCCCUCAGACUCCCUUCAAGGCCGCGGUGCUUGCUACAUCCUCGGCAAAAAGAAAGGCGAAAUCUUCCCCUUCUAUAAGCAAAAAGUCAGACACACUUCAUCGGGGACGUCAAAGGACUACAUCAACUCCCACGAAUUCACCGCCUACGCCUCCUUCGGGUUCAGCGUGACCUCUGAUGUGGAGGGCAAGAGACUCUUCUUUGGAGCCCCUAAUGCCUACAAGGGUCAAGGGGUAACGUUGUACUACGGCGUGCGUGUGACGAAACAGAAGGACGAUCUCAACCCAGAUGACGCCACGAACGGGUACCUGGAGGGCUGGGCUGUGGCAUCGGGCAAAUUCGGGACCGAUGAAUACUUGGCCGUGUCUCGCCCUGGUUACGGGAACAUGAGUGGACAGGUCAUCUUCUACGACACGAAGCUGACUAAUUCCAAAUCUGGAGAGUAUUCGCGGCUGGAGGGGAGUGCAGUCGCCGGGUGGUACGGUUACUCUCUCGCCAGCUGUAAAGUAGACGGCGACAAAUUCUCAGACUCAGACCUGCUCGUGGGUGCCCCGCUGGACUCCCGCGAUCAUGCCAAGUACCCGGACUCUGGUGUGGUCUACCUGUACUAUGCACCUAUGUUACCGGAGGCGCCGAGGGCGCCCCUGAAGUUGUUUGGCGAGGUGGCCUGGGGCCGCUUCGGUACCUCUGUGGCCUGCUUGGGCGACCUGAAUGGUGACCAUUAUGAAGACGUGGCCGUGGGUGCUCCAGGUGCUGGUGGAAGAGUCUACAUCUACAGAGGAGGACAGGGAGGACUGGACCCUAAGCCCACGCAGGUUAUCCACGGUUCCAGUUUCUUCCCCACCGCCACCCCGUCCUUCAGCUUCGGGUUCAGCUUAGCAGGUGGUGUUGACAUGGAUGGCAACGGCUAUCCUGACCUGCUUAUUGGAUCACCUGACCAGGACGCAGCGGUUCUCCUAAGAACACCGCCGUUGGUACACCUGGAGGCCGCAGUGAGCUUUGACCCGCCGGAGGUGAGGCUCAAUGACCGUGCCUGCAACUUGAGCGAGGCAGCCGUUAUCUGUGCCGAGCUGCUGGUGGCGAUAACCUACAAGGGAAAGGCAUGGAGUGAACCCCUGUUGGUUGAUCUUGAGUUGUCAAUUGACUUGGAAAAGCAUCGAGUCAGUUUCUACGACGAAGACAAGAAAGUGUGGCGCCAGAGACUCACGAUCAAGAGCCACAACAUAACCAGCAAGGAGAACAACGCUACCCUGCAUGUGAAGGUGUACGGCAAGCCACAUCUUGAGGACUACGAACAUCCAGUUGAGGCGACGGUCAGGGCAACGCCUACUGGGGUUCAUUCUCCUUCUGCCUUUCUUCACCCUCCUCCUCUUCUCGACCCCUCCUCUGAGACAUCCUUCACCUCGAAUCCUUCCUUGACCCUACUCUAUGAGGCCGACUACAACACUCAGCCUAACCUCGUCCUGCACGCUGAUGGCCCAACGCACCUCGUGGACGGGGAGGAACACCUUCACCUGUCCGUGGUAAUUGACAUCUUCAACGAGACAGCUCACAACAUCCACCUCAACGUGACCUUCCCCGGUGACCUGACCUUUACUGGGCGAAAUAGCUCCUCGCAGCCACCCCGAUGUGAUGUCAAGAAGGAGGGAGAUGAGGGGAAGGAGAAGCAGAUGCCUAAGGAUGAAAGGAAGAGGAGUGGCACUUCUUACCUCACCUGUGUAUUCGAUUCUUACAGGCCCGCAGGUGACCAGAUUAUGCUCGGCCUCACGUUCACAGUCAGCCAGUCAUCAGCCAGUCAGCCACCCGGGCAGAAUCAGUCACUUGCACCAACAAACACUUCCCUGGCCUUCUCCAUGUCCGUGGGCAGUGACAGUGGUGAUACGGACAACAGUGAUAAUUCUGCCAUGGUAUUUGUGAACAGGCUGUCACGGGUAAGCCUGUUCCCUGGAGGAACCUCAGACCCAGAGAAGGUGGAACUGCGCCUAGGUGAACACUUGAACGCUAAGCAGAUAGAGGAUGAGGAGAAGAGGAAUAUAUCGGUGGUGCGGAUCGGUCCCCUCAUCACCCACCACUUUGCCCUCAUCAACAACGGCCCCACCCCUCUUUAUGGCUUCCAGGUGGAGGUGAAGCUGCCCCUGAAAUACGGCGAGGCCCAGUUACUGUACCUGGCCGAACCACCUGACACCUUCGGCCCCAUCACAUGCGACUCCCGCCACCUGCACCUUAAUCCCUAUGGUUUCACCGUGCCAAACAGAGACACUACGGAAAAUAACGCCACUGAACGGACACCUCAGGCCACCACUACAAAGGAGGAGCAGCAGGAGGAGGACGAAGUUGAGAUCGAGAGGGGAAAUCAGGAACUAACGUGUGAAGGGCAGACUCUGCGGGCAGGUGAGUCAGCCGUGAUCAAGGUAAACAUGUGUGUGUGA